AAAAAUAGGAUAAUAGAAAAAGAACGGGAAAUUGCAUCGAUUUCUCUUUGGAGCUUAGGGUUUUGGCGGAGCAGGGAAAUCACUUCGACCGCCCAACCUCUUCGUCGUAGCAACCAUGAGCAGGUCUGGCCAGCCUCCGGAUCUCAAAAAGUACAUGGACAAGAAGCUCCAAAUCAAGUUGAAUGCUAAUCGCACCGUCAUCGGCACCUUGCGUGGAUUUGACCAAUUCAUGAACCUUGUGAUUGACAACACUGUCGAUGUGAGUGGCAACGAGAAGAAUGAUAUUGGAAUGGUGGUUAUCAGGGGUAACAGUGUGGUCAUGAUCGAAGCACUCGAACCAGUAAGCAGAUCACAGUAGCCCUUCUGAUCCUUGGAGCUAUUUAUACUGGCUGGGACUAUAUGAUGUACUUCUAACUAGAUUUUUAGAAUGUUUGUGACUGUCUGGCGUCUAUGAACGCUUUUUUCUUCUUGCUGCUGCUCGGUGGGUUUGUCUUUCAUGGAAUUAUCAUCAAAUCUCUUAAAAUGCCCAAAUUUGUAACCUGCUGGAUGGUGAUUAAGGGCCGUUUGAGAUUUCUGUAGUCUUUUUUUUUUUUUUUUUGUAUAAUUAGUUGAAUUGUUAUGAAACAAAAUAAAUGUGUGCUAGGUAGCUUAUCACAGCUUA